AUGGUCUCCUUUAUAGGGUUUAUUGUCAUUUAUGUGCUUGGAGGCGUUACAUUUCUGCCCUUCAUUGCACUAGCCGCGUUCAUCUACAUCAAAGGCGGCAUUGAACCUCUCCUGCCCAAAGCCAAACCAAAGGAACCCAUUCACAUAGCAACCAAAGACGACGAUGUUAUUGUCAAGAAAGGCUGGAUUCGACUCACCAACCAGUAUCAACCCAAAAUGCCCGAAGUAAAUUCGGGAAAUGGCAUUAUAUCUGGCAUCCAGUCCUAUGUAAGUGGAAGCAGUAACAGCAACGCAAAUCUCAAAAAGGGUCUGGUGUACGCUUUGUUGAAGCACGGUACCUUGUUCUGCUAUGAAUCAGAAAAGCAACAGAACCUGGUGAUGAUACUGCCAAUGCAAGACUUUCAAGUGUCAUUGUAUCCUCCUAAUCCUGAAGACAAGCCUGAAGGUGAAAUCUAUAAUCGUACGUCGGUAAUACGUUUGGUGCCUAGUGCUAUCAAGGAUGACAUAACGUUGACAUCAAAGAAUGUGUCUGUUUGCACAUUGCCUGAAGACGACAUCACAUGCUAUCCUACGCGUGUGCUCUAUCUGACGUGUGGACGCAACAUUGACAAGGAGGAUUGGUAUUUCGGAUUAUUGGACGCGCAUCAGCUCUUGCAAGAUCAGCCUCCUGAUGGGCCCCAGUAUGUAAUGAUGGAUAACACCCGCUUUGACCAAGAUGCGUUGGAGGAACUGAUCCGCCAAGUGCAAUCGACGCCUAGCCAUCGUGAAACUGCGUGGAUCAAUGCUGUAUUUGGACGCCUCUUUUUGGGAAUGUACAAAACGGACCGACUCAAGCAUUUUAUGGAAAUGAAGAUCAGAAGAAAGAUUGACAAGACGAAGCGACCUACGUUUUUGGAUGAAAUUCAUGUGCGCAGUGUCGAUGUGGGCGCCUCUGUGCCUUUUAUUACAGAUCCCAAAUUGCUCUCAUUGUCAACAGAAGGCGAAGUGAUUGUGGAGGCCAAGGUUGAAUACGCAGGUGGACUGACAAUUGAAAUUGAGACAGACUUCAACUGGUCGUACUCGUCUCGUAUGAAGCCUAUUCGCAUGAAUCUGAUUUUAGCAGUGAAAUUAAACCGACUGGCUGGCAGAAUGAUGUUUAAAUUGAAGGCACCUCCUACGAAUCGUUAUUGGCUAGCCUUUUUUGAAAUGCCUGAAAUGGAUUGGAAGAUUACACCAGUUGUCGCUGACAAGCAGAUUAAAUUAAAUAUUGUAACCAACGCUAUUGAGUCUAGAAUUCGCGAGGUAAUGGCAGAAACGUUUGUUCUGCCCAACAUGGACGACACUUCAUUCUGUCCUUCUGGUGGCAAAGGCGGUAUCUUUGGUGAAUAUGUCAAGGUGCAAGUGCAAAAGAAGAAGCCUUCCGAGCCCUCCUAUGUUGCUGACGACAACGAGGCUAUCACGCAUGAGAGGCCUUCCUCGGUACAUUCAAGUGCAUCUUCAUCCAGCUCUACCAGCAACAAGAUUCAAACUUCUGAAGCUGUUCGGGAAACACCGACUGUGCCUGAUGCGGAUGAGAAACCCACUGCUGCUGACAUGUUGAAGCUCAAGAACCGUCGUGCUGAAUCCGCUGCUGAAAUGGCGCCUAAUGGAAGACCUGCCUUUGGUGAAUUGGCACCGUUGCGCAAAUUGGAGUUAUCUCAAUCCACGCCUAACAUGCAACAGCCUCCUACCAAAACGAAAUUUCAGCAAGAGGAUGCUGCUUCAGUCAAGUCUGUGGAUAGAAACUCCAUUACAGAUCCCAUCAUAUCAGCAUCCAGCACAAGCACCAAAUGGUCCAAGAACGCAUUGAGAAAGAGGGUAAUGAAGUAUGGUGAUGAUGGCGAUGACAGUGAUUCAGAAAGCGUUGCUUCAGUCAAGACUAAUAGUACAGGUGGCAGCGGCUUGCUUAACAAAAUUAGCAACUUAUUACCCAUUGAUAACAACAAUAAGGAAAAUGGGUCAGAUGCCUUCUCAGUUCGCUCGGGAAACCAUCAUCAGACAUCUUCAACCAGCAGCAGUAAAGACGGCAGCAAAAAGAACGCUUUGAUCAACAUGGCAGAGAGCUUUUUGCACAAAAAGAACAGCCAUGAUGACGAUAUCUACAAGCCAGCAAGCGAAGAAAAGAAGGAGCUUUAUGCUGAGAGAAUGGCAAACAUGCGCAGGCGUGCAGAGGAAAGGCGUCUAUCGGGGUCUUCUGCUAGCAGUGGUCGAUCCAUCCCUCCUCCGUCUUCAUCUGCCUAUACGUCCGCUCCCGUCUUUAAAGAUCUGCCUGAUGCUCCCACCGUCACAACAGCAAAGUCAGUAAUCGCUGACAAGACGAGCGAUCAUGAUUAUUCAGCAGCAGCAGCACCACCACCACCACCGAUCAAGCCUCGUCGUACUAGAGCCGCCUCUGCUGCUCAAAAUAAUUCUGAUGUACCUGACAGUAUGCAAAAGCAACAUCCUCCUCUUCCACCACGUCGCAACUCGACACCAGCUCCCAUGACUGACGAUGUAACCGCUACCUCGCCUGCAGUCUCUGAACAAGUGGCAGAUUCAGCCGAUUCCGAACAGAUCAGCAAUCCAAACGCUCCCAGUUCUGGCCAAGAAUUUGCCCCUCCUUCUUUAGUAGUAAAAGAACCUGCCGUACAGGUUGAUUCUAUGCCUACUUUGCCUCAACAGCCACAUCUUGCACCUGCAAUCCCUGAUAAACCUAGACCUGUCUCGUCAACAGUACACAAUGAGAAUACUCAUUCACCACCCCCGUUACCUACAACCCCUCGACCUAAACUAUCCCCAAGAUUAGACGAAGCAAAGCCUGCAUUACCCAAUGUACCUAGACCUGUCCCCCCUACCUAUGAAAAAGUGGAGGUAGAAGAACACGAGGAAGCCGCUUUAAAUGCUGCUUUAUCACCAUCAUCGCCGCCACCACCGCCACCAAGACGUCAUUAA